AUGAAGAUGGAGUAUACAAGCCUCGAACUGCAGGUGAUCUCCUGCGAGGAACUCAGGGCCUUCAACUUCUUCCAGAAGCUCUCGGUCUUCGUGACGGUGUCCAUCGUUGCCGGCGACAACCCGAAGAAGCAGCUCCACCCGGCCCUCCAGCGGUGCCACAGGACGCCGACCAGCAAGGGCGGCCAUCGCAACCCGGAAUGGAACCACGAGGUGGGGCUCGACCUCUCGGCUGUCUCACCUAGGGACUAUCCGGGCCUUUCUCUCAGGUUCGACGUGCGGCUUCCCAGCGUCGUUGGCAGCCGCUCGAUCGGGGAAGUCCGCGCCUCGCUUCAGGAGUUGGUCGACGAGUUCAACGGGACCGUCCAGUUCCGACGCUACCUAGUGAAGAACGACGACGGAAAAGGGAUCGGGGUCUUGAAUUUUAGGUACAAGUUGUGUGGGAAGAGCGACGAGGUCGGCGACGAAAUUGGCUCGGACCGAGCCUUCGUCCAAAGCUCCGGUCCCAGGUCAAAUAACUUCAGUUAUUUGGAGUGA